AUGAAGCUGAGUUCCCAACCCAGAGGGUACAUGUUCGAGACCGCGGCAGAGGCGUUCGUCGGCCAAAGGCAGCCUAUGAACCCCAGCAAAGGCAAGAGGAAGCAAAUGACGAAGGCUGCAUAUGCCCAGAGGUUUGUGGAAGUAGAAGAAUCGCCCUCGUGA